GGGCCGUUAGAUAGCGCAUUUUAUCCGUUUAGGCUGGGGGCCCCUCCCGCCCAGUCUGCCGCCACUCCGCUGCUAGUGGUGGAGGACGAACUGCAGCGGUUGAGCAGAGGAAACCCUAGGAGAGGGAAGAAGCGAGGGGGGAGAAGAUGGAGGUCGCCGGCGAGAGUUUGGUGGACGGAGAGAAACUUGAUGCGAUGCAUUAUCUGCCGGCCGUGCGGGAGGCUCCGACGCCGGAGGAAUUGGUUGCGCGGGCCAUCGCCCCCGUGAACAGGGAGUUCCUCUGCGCCGCGCCCCAGAGAUCGGCUGCCCGCAGGGAGAAGCCAGACGAAGAAGUUCAUGAGAAGAACGGAGUCCCUGUUGUCGCGAAGGAAAAGAAGUCGAAGCGGCAGCUCAAGAGGGAGCGUCAACUCGAACGGGAAUCUGCCUUACACAUUUGUUCCGAGGUGGCAAAAACUGGAAAUUCUAAAGCAUGCAAAUAUGAAGGCAACUGCCGUUUCAGUCAUGACGUGGAAGCAUAUAUGGCGCAGAAACCAAAAGAUCUGGCUGGAGAUUGUCCUUUCCUUGAUUAUGAAGAGCCAUGUCCUUAUGGAAUCACUUGCAGAUUUGCCGGUAGUCACAAAGAUGUUUGUACAACAGAAAGUUUGGGUACACACCAAAGGAUGUCUGAAAGAAAUGGUUUGAACAAAGAUGUGCAGAAGCUCUUGUGGAAGAAUAAAGUCAGUUUUCCUAAAGCAGAUCUUCAGCUUAAGAUGCUUGGCCUUUCGGGUAAGGGUAACUCAAAAACUCGAGGGCUAGAGGAAAAAAAGGUGGAUGAUACUUCAUCAAUUUCAGAUUGUACAUAUGUACUAAAAAAUGAUGAAAGCAGUGAUAAAAUCAGCAAUUCUCUUAAUGAUGGAGUAUCCGAACAUGUGCUUGAGAAGGAUUAUUCAGACGAAAUUAUUGCAACAGAUGAAUGCAGACCAUCGAAAAUGUCUAAGAUUCUAUUGGAUGAAGCUUAUUCCGUCAACAAUUUAGAUAAUGGGAGUGCUUCUAUACAAAAAGACUCAGAAGACACUUCCACAAAUGCUGAGAAAUUGAAUGUUUCUGGGGCUGAUGAUCUUCACUUGUUAGAAAAUGAUGCAGACCUUAAAUCAAAUCAUCGAGAAAAGAAACUUAUUGAUUUUAGAGAGAAAUUAUAUCUUGCUCCUCUGACAACUGUUGGGAAUCUACCGUUCAGAAGGGUUUGUAAGGCCUUGGGAGCUGAUAUUACUUGUGGUGAAAUGGCUAUGUGCACAAACCUUUUGCAGGGGCAAGCCUCUGAAUGGGCAUUAAUGAGGCGGCAUUCAUCUGAGAACCUGUUCGGAGUACAGAUUUGUGGUGCUUACCCAGAUACUGUUGCAAGAACUGUUGAACUUAUUGAUCGUGAAUGCUCUGUUGAUUUCAUUGACAUAAAUAUGGGGUGUCCAAUUGAUAUUGUGGUUAGUAAAGGAGCUGGAUCUGUGCUUCUUACAAAGCCCAUGAGGAUGAAGAAUAUUAUAGAAGCAGCCUCGAAGACACUGGAUAAACCCAUAACAAUCAAGGUGCGAACAGGCUAUUUUGAAGGGAGGAACCGAAUUGAUUCUUUGGUUGCAGACCUUAGUCGCUGGGGGGCCAGUGCAGUGACAAUACAUGGCAGGUCACGACAGCAACGGUACAGCAAACUUGCUGAUUGGGAUUAUAUCUAUAAAUGUGCAGAAAAAACAUCAGACCAUUUGCAGGUCCUAGGAAAUGGGGACGUUUUCUCAUACACUGAUUGGAAUAAGCACCUUUUGGAUUGUCGAAAGCUUUCAGCUUGCAUGAUUGCACGAGGGGCACUAAUUAAGCCUUGGAUAUUCACAGAAAUUAAAGAGCAGAGACAUUGGGAUAUCAGUUCAGGUGAACGGUUUAAUAUUCUAAAAGAUUUUGUACAUUUUGGGCUUGAGCAUUGGGGUUCCGAUUCCAAAGGUGUGGAGACAACCAGAUAUUUUUUGUUAGAGUGGCUUAGUUAUACUUACAGAUACAUACCAGUUGCACUCUUGGAUGUUGUACCUCAGAAACUAAAUUGGCGGCCACCUAGCUAUUUUGGGCGCGAUGAUCUUGAGACACUCUUGUCAUCUGAUUCUGCGGCAGAUUGGAUUCGCAUUUCGGAAAUGCUUCUGGGGCCUGUACCUAGUGGCUUUAGUUUCACACCUAAACACAAAUCAAAUGCCUAUGACAAAGCUGAAAAUGGUUGAUCACAACCUGUAGCAGAUAUUAUGAAUCAAUUUGGCAGAAGAGAACAUUACAGGGCUGAGUAUACAUCCACAAUUGUCUUGGAGUGUCAAGUAGGCAUAGAAGCACCACAUAGAGUCGGUUUCUCCUGUCAUUUUUUUUUUUAAAUGUUUACUUGGGGGAAACCGCCUUCAGCAUGAAACCUCCAAGGCCAAACCCUUAUGCCUCCAAGGUUCGGUUCCUCCUGUCAAUUUAGUGUCUUCAUAAUGGAUUACAUUUCAUUGCUUUCUUUUUGUGAACUGCCUGUACUUGCAGUAUGUCUUAUGCAUUAUAAAAGCACAGCCAUAACACAUUGUACAAGCAAGAAUGUCAAUCAGGGCAUGAGGCGAAGAUGUUUUUGUAGUUAACAUUUCUAACAUAUUGAUAUUAGUGAUAUCUUACACUGAGUUAUCUUA